GGAUCUUACACAUAUGAAUUUAAAUCCAUGAAUGAUUCAAAAGCACAAGUUUACAUGAACUAUUAACAUCAACAAGUUUUAUUUUAUAAUUUAAAAGAGGAUGGAUCUGUUUGAUUUUUAUAAUUUGUCAUGGCAACUGUUUGCUCUUCUGUUUACACUGUUGGCAAUUUUUCUGUACAGACACUAUACAAUAUUGAAGAGAUACGGUAUACCUGGACCAACACCAUGGCCUAUCAUCGGAAAUCUUCAUGAACAAGUUUACAGGGGUAUGCAUGUCACAGAUGAAGAAUGGUCAAAAAAAUAUGGCAAAGUAUUCGGAUAUUUCAAUGGGUAUACUCCAGUUAUAGCUGUAACAGAUCCUGAUAUAAUCAAGGCAGUACUAAUCAAAGACUUCCAAAACUUCACAGAUAGACCACACAAUGGUAACCUCCCAAAAUUAAUGGUAGAUGGACUAUUCUUCAUGAAAGGACAAACAUGGAAGAAAACGAGAAACAUAAUUACACCCACCUUCAGUGCAGGAAAGCUAAAAAAUCUUGUGCCCAUUAUCAACAAAUGUGCUGAAACUUGCAUCAAUAAAUUAGAAAAAGAGAUUGGAAAAGAUGUGACUGUUAGAAGUUGGUUUGUAUGUUUUACAAUGGAUGCUAUUGCAUCUACAGCCUUUGGUAUAGAAAUAGAUUCCCAGAAACAACAUGAUGAUCCAUUUGUUAGAAACCUGGAGAAAAUCUUUAAGAUGGCCCGGUUGAAAAGGAUUCCUAUAUUUCUAUCAGCAAUGAUACCGCCUCUAGGAAAAUGGUUGUAUAAGAUAGGGAUCACCACAUGGCCUACAGAAUGUGUCAACUUUUAUAAUGAUAUAGGGCAGGCCUUGAUUGAUGAAAGAAGGAAAAAUAAAAUGGACAGAGUGGACUUCAUACAAAUGUUGGUGGAUGCAGAUUUUGAUAAUACAAAAGAGGGGUAUAUGAAAAAUGAGAUUAUAAUGUCCAACGGAGCUUCUAAUUGUCAUCAUGUUCAUAAUCUACAAAGGUUGACUGAUGAUGAAAUAAAAGGUCAAGCAUUUGUAUUCUUUCUUGCUGGGUUUGAGACAACAGCCAGUCUGUUACGUUACUCAGCUUAUGUCCUGGCAUUUCAUCCUGAACUAGAUUCACAACUAUAUGAUGAGAUACAGAAAUACAUUGGGCAGGAUGAUCCAGACUAUGACAGUAUAAAUGAUUUAAAGUUCAUGGAUCAGUUUAUUUAUGAGGUGCUCAGAUUUUACCCUCCAGUUCCAAGGCUAUUUAGGAAGGCUCAUGAAGAGAUAACAGUUGGAGGAAUAACCAUACCUAAAGGUACAUCAAUACAUAUACCUGUGUGGAACGUUCAUCAUAGUGAGGAAAAUUACCCUGAUUCAGAGGCAUUUAAACCUGAGAGAUUUGCUCAGGGAAAGAAAGGGGCUACAGAAAAAAUCACAUUUUUACCAUUUGGUACAGGGCCGAGAAAUUGUAUUGGAAUGAGACUAGCACUUGUUGAGGCCAAGAUUGCUCUUGUUUAUAUGUUACGGAAAAUUAGAUUUGUCAAAUGUGAAAAAACACAGGAUCCACCAUUGAAUCUGCGACAUUUCAAUUUACUGUAUCCAGCAACACCAAUCCAGGUGAGGAUAGAGGCAAGGUAAUCACCACAACACCUGUGUAAACUAUAAACUAUAAUGACGAAUAAAAUAAACGACUAAUUGUCUAUUUUCUUCUUUACUUUUAUUUAAGAAACGUAUAUAAACCUAGUCUGGAUUACCUGCCCUUUUCUCUCCGUUCAAUAGUAAAUUUUAUAGUACGACAGGAACCAGACUAAUAUAAAACGUUCAAACUGCGUAGUAGUCCGGAGUAUAUCCGAAUCACACAAUGAGCGGAAAUUACAGAAAAGAAUGAACGAAAAUAAUUUACCGAAAAGAACAUUAUAUAAACCAGAAUGGGCCCUUGUUUUAAGUAAAAAUAAAAUACAAUUAUCUUCAGCACAACCUGCCAAGUUUGAAAUGUGAUAACAGGUUGAAUGAGAUCUUCUAACCAAAGAACAUAAACAGUUCAUUAUUAUCUCAUUAUUCUGUUUAUAUAGAAAUGUAUAUAAACUUUGAGCUCCACAUCAGUUAAAUCAAUAUUAUAAUAUAACAUUUUAUUUGGUUGGGCAUAGGAUAUAUAUUGGACAUACAUUUUAUUGUACUUUGUUUUUUAAAUUAAUCAUUUCAUUAAAUGAACUUUUUUCGAAAGUUAUUCCUAAUAAGAUAAUUCUUGGGAAUGUAGCUAUCCUUAAAUUAAACUUGUAGAAUGAAAUAUUUAAUUUCUUGUUGUUGCCUUGUGCCUAUAAGAGUAUAAUAGAGCAAAUGUAGCUAUCCUUAAAAUUGUAGAAUGAAAUAUUUAAUUUCUUGUUGUUGCCUUGUGCAUAUAAAGAGAGUAUAAUUUGAGCAUUAAAGAUCAAAUAAAUGUUU